AUGUCGGGAAUGAGAAGCAAAGCAAGCUUCUUCCGCGCGCUUGAUGACUUGGAUCGCUCCGAUGACUCCCAGGAUGAUGAAGACUCCCUGGAGCAUCUUCUAGCUCGCGCAAAGCCCGCUGAAAUUCCAAACUCGACUGCUGCCUUAUCUAACACGGAGCGCAUCACGCUUACCCGAGCAAAUACGGCGCCCUCGCCCUCGUAUACGGACAAAGAACUCCAAGAAGCCGUUGCUCAGGAUGCCCAUUCCAGAAGGCGACCACAGCCUUCUGAAUCGAACCUGAGGACAGUGAAGCGCUCUCAAACUACCGGCACUAUGCCCAGCACCACGUCAGGCCAUAAGAGAGGAGGAGGCCCUGCUCUUAAGAAGAGGAGAACCAACAGUAUAAUCAAGCUGGUUCCCGAAGAGCAGCAGAUAUUCAAAGACCUCGUCUUCUUCUUUUUCCCAAAUAACGAUGUCUCUCCCUCUCGCCGACUGCGCAUCCAGCGAGCCCGGGAAUACGGUGCUCACUGGGCGCUAGAUUGGACCGAGAACAUCACGCAUGUGGUUGUGGAUAAGGAUCUACAGUAUUCGGAUCUCAUCAAACACCUCAACCUCGAGCCUUUUCCUGACAAUGUGGCUCUUGUCAACGAGACUUAUCCCGCGGAAUGCAUCCGAUUUCGCUCCAUUUUGAGUCCAUCCCAAGUGCGAUUCCGCGUGGAAGGAUCCACGACAUUUGGACAGACAGAUGCCCCGACUCCGGCUCCGGCAACCGUGCCAGCUUCGGCCGACUCACUACCAUUGAAGGCACCAAGAAAAGAAAAGCAACAGACACCAGAGCUAUCGCAGUCACCGAUUCGGCAGGUUAUACAUGAUAGUGAGCCUGCACCUGCGCCAGAGGUGGUUUCUACUCCUGCUGUCCCUGAGAACAGCUCCGAAGUGACUCGACAACGUGACGCCCUAGAUGAGAUAAUCGCCGAGGCGAAAGCAACCAGUCUUUUGCCGCUUGAUCUGAUCGAUUCCUCCGACGAGGAACCUGGCGAUUCUGAUAGCGAGUCAGAAUCAUCAGACCCUGUCCCAUCCCGAUCAAAGCAAGAACCGCGAGGAGAGCCUGUCGUGGAGACAUGGGCGCGCAAUUUUGCCUGCAUCCAAAAGUUCGACCCCAAUAAUAAGCACGACAAUCCGAACAAUCAUACCAUUGAAGUCUUGCAACAAAUGCUGGACUACUACACGCGAACCGGAGAUCUCUGGCGGACGCUGGCUUACCGCAAGGGCAUCAACGCCCUGCGGAGGCAGACCAAGAAGGUCACGUCCAAAACUGAGGCACGAUCUAUUCCAGGCAUUGGAGAACGGCUGGCGGACAAGAUCGAAGAAAUUGUGCUGACAGACCACCUGCGCCGACUGGACCAUACCAACGAGACCGAAGCUGACAAAAUUAUCCAGGAGUUCCUUGGGAUCUAUGGGUGUGGCCUUGCCCAGGCAUCCAAAUGGGUGGCGCAAGGGUACCGCAGUCUCAGCGACCUUCGUGAGCGGGCACCAUUGACCAAAAAUCAGCGCAUCGGCCUGGAGCGCUACCGCGACUUUGCACAGCGGAUCCCGCGCAAGGAGGUAGAAGCCCACGGGGCAGUUGUGCGAAAGGCUAUCCAGGCGGUGGACAAGGCUAUGCAGGUGAUCAUUGGAGGUUCUUACCGCCGCGGGGCUCUGGACUCAGGUGAUAUUGACCUGCUCAUCACCAAGCCAGAUGCUACCCUGGAGCAGAUCCGGUCGCUAAUCCUGGAUACCGUCGUGCCACAGCUGUUCCAAGACGGUUUCCUGCAGGUUGGUCUCCAGACCUCUCGCCGGAAUGGAGACGGUUCUAAAUGGCAAGGGGCAUCUGUGAUCCCAGGAAGCACGGUAUGGCGGCGUCUCGAUCUGUUGUUUGUUCCUGGAGCUGAAUUUGGAGCCGCGAUGGUAUACUUCACGGGCAAUGAUAUCUUCAAUCGCAGUAUGCGAUUGCUUGCUCGUAAGAAAGGGAUGUGCUUAAACCAGCGCGGGCUUUUCACGGAUGUGCUGCGUAAUGCACAGGUUAAGGUGAAUCCAGGUCGACUGGUUGAGGGACGUGAUGAGCGUCGGAUCUUCGCAUUGCUGGGGGUGCCUUGGAGACCUCCCGAGCAGCGGAUUUGCUAG